AUGCCUUUCAAUAACUCAACUUCAUAUAUACACUACGCUGAAAAAGCUAAGAAUAUUUCCGAAUUCGGGUUUUUCUUUACCUCGAUUUUUUGUGCCGUUUUGAUCUAUUUAACAAACUUCGAAGUGACUAGGGAUUUCGGAAGUUAUAAACAUCUCUUUUUAAUGUUUCCAGUAUUUGGAAUUAUUUUCGCCACUCUCGAAAUGAUUUUGUACCCGAAUGCCUUUUCUCACAAUUCUGGUUAUAUUUUCUACUCCACAAGCCGCCCGUUUCAGUUGAGCCAAAACGCGACUAGUUGGCUGCUCGUUUCCUACUCGGGCAUCUAUUCAUCCACAAUUUCAAACUUGGCCGUUCAAUUUUUGUACAGAUAUUGGGCGAUUUUUGAUGAAAAAAAGAUUUGGAUUUUUAAAGGAUGGAGAUUACUCAUCUGUAUGUUAUAUUCUAUUUUAUUUGGCUUUCAAUGGGGACUUGGAACUUAUUAUUUCGACCAAAUUGAUGAUUACUCGAAAAACUAUUUCGAAUUGGAAAUGAUGCAAAAGUUCAGUGCGGAUUUUUCCAACAUUUCUGGCUUAAUUCUAGUGGCUUAUGAUUCCAAUAGAUCCAUCAGAUGGCGAAAUGUUUGCUGUACCAUUAAUAUGACAUUCAUCAUGUUAUUCCAAUACAGUAUAAUCAUGUACUGCGCUAUUCGUAUGUACUUUGAGAUGGAAUCAAAAGUGCAAAUCUUGUCUCCUGCGCUUAGGAACUUGCAUAGGCAGUUCUUUAAGACUCUUGUUUUGCAAGUGGUCACUCCAACGGUAACCUUGUUUGCGCCAGUAACUGUAUUGAUCUAUCUACCACUUUUUGAUCUACAACUUGAUCUACCAUUUGGAAUAUUUCUAUCAACUUUAUCGAUUUUUCCUGGUACGGAUGCAAUUAUUGUGAUGUAUGUAGUACAGGACUACAGGUUGGCCAUGAAAAAUAUGGGCCAAAAAUUUACUGGAAGUAUAAUUACUUGGGCGAAUAGUCCAAGUGCCACAGUAGUACCAGUAGCAAAUUGA